CAUUGGUUCCUCCAUACCAUAACAUUAACCCCUACCAUUAACCAUAACCCUUACCAUAACCUUAAACCAUUUUUGUAUUUCAACUUUAAAGGGAUAGGGACGUCCAAAGGACCCACAAUAACAAGGACAGAGCCAAGAUGGUCGAGUGCGCGAUGCGCAUCUGAGGUCAUAGAGCUGUCUGAAACGCACGGAGUUUUGUCAUGUUUUAUUCGAGUAACUGGCGCUCUUUUUCACUUCUGCUCGCAAGAAGAUAACAAUCAUGACCAACACUAGUGUCAAAACGCAUAACUGGCUGUUUUACGCAGAGUAUAAAAAAGAACUUGGCUAAUGGAGAGAAUGGAAAUCUCAACCAUCCCUUUUAUCAAGAUGAAAACUCUCGAUAUAUAGCCAGGUGCCCUUCAGGUUUUCCCCUCCACCCCAGGCAGGUCUGUGACCGCCAUGAUGAGCAGCUCAUCCAGCCCGGCUGAGUUCUACGGGGACAGCACCUCCUUCCUGUCCAUAGACUCCAGCGUCUUCUACAGCGAGCCCCCUCCUGUCUGUGGCGACCCACUGGACUUCUUCACCAUCAAUGUGGGUGGCAGCCGCUACGUUCUCUCCCAGGAGCUGCUGGCAUCCCACCCAGAAACCCGUCUGGGCAAGCUGGCCCUGUCCACACGGGACUCUGCCCUAGAGCUCUGCGACGACACUGACUUCCUGGAGAAUGAGUUCUUCUUCGACCGCAACUCACAGACCUUCCAGUAUGUGAUAAACUUCUACCGCACAGGCCACCUGCAUGUCAGGGAGGAGCUUUGCGUGCUCUCCUUCCUCCAGGAGAUUGAGUACUGGGGCAUCGACGAGCUCUGCAUCGAUCCCUGCUGCCGAGGACGCUACUACCGCCGCAAGGAGCUCAAGGAGAGCCUGGACAUGCGGAACGAGGCUGAGGCUGACGAAAACCAGGACGAAGACUUCAACGACGCCGCGUGCCCAGAUCUCCGCCGGCGCCUGUGGGACCUGCUGGAGAAGCCAGAGUCUUCACGAGCAGCACGCGCCUUCGGCACGCUGUCAAUCAUCUUCGUGGCGGUAUCCAUUGUCAACAUUGUGCUCAUCUCGCUGGACCUGGGGGAUGUGGGUGGGAACGGGAUCGGUGACGAGAGUGGGGGCAGUGACGGGGGUACACCUUUCUUCGUGGAUGCACUGGAAUAUGUGUGCGUGGUGUGGUUCACUGGCGAGCUGGUGCUACGCUUCGUCUGCGUACGCGACAAGUGCCGCUUCACCCGUAGUGUUCCCAAUGUGAUCGACCUGCUAGCCAUCCUGCCCUUCUAUGUGACUCUGGCAGUUGAGAUUCUGCACGGUGGCUCUACAGAGCUGGAGAACAUGGGCCACGUGGUACAGUUGCUCAGGCUCAUGAGGUCCCUGCGCAUGCUCAAACUGGGACGCCACUCCACAGGCCUCAAGUCCCUGGGCCUGACCAUAACUCAGUGCUACGAGGAGGUGGGUCUCCUGCUCCUCUUCCUCUCCGUGGGCAUCUCCAUCUUCGCCAUGGUGGAGUUUGCCCUGGAGCAUGACAUCCCCGGUACCUCCUUCAGCAGCGUGCCGUGUGCCUGGUGGUGGGCCACCACCUCCAUGACCACGGUGGGCUACGGAGACAUCCGACCCGACACCACCCUGGGCAAGGUGCUGGCCUUUCUCUGCAUCUUGUCUGGCAUCCUGAUCUUGGCACUGCCCAUUGCUAUCAUCAACGACCGCUUCUCUGCCUGCUACGUCACUCUCAAGAUGAAGGAGGCGGCGCUGCGGCACGGGGAGGCGCUCAAGAGGCUGGCGCGGGGUUCGCUGGGUGACUCGGAGGUGGGUGGGGCAGCAAGGGGAGGAGGGGUGAACCUGAGAGAUGUUUACGCCAGGAGUGUGACGGAGAUGCUGAAGCUGCAGGGGAGGGAGAGGGCCAGCACACGGAGUAGUGGAGGGGGUGAGCUCUGGUGGUAGUGUGGAAGACGGACCACAAGGGCAGCUGUGGAGAAAAAGCUAUGGAAAAAGUUAAGUCAAUUGGGUUAAAGAUGGAAUCUGCAGUUGGGGGAAACAUUACUACUGGCUGCUCCACCACUGUUGUUUUUGUUGCUGAGCUGAGGAGCAUCGCAAAUCGUGGUAAAUAUUUUAAUCGGUUCAUACUGUGCUCUUUUAUCGCACGUGCAAUGAUGUCAGAGGGGGAAAAACAUUGUAAGCGGACGUGGUUGUUUCACCAUUAAGGAUUCCAGCUUUAGGAAUACCAUCAGAAUAUGACAACAGUGUGUACAAUGUAUAGGACAUAUCUAAAGGAUGAUGGGGGGACAAUUACUUAAAUGUCACCUGAAAGAUUUGCCACAACUUUCAUGUCUAACCUUUUUCGGUGUUGUGUUCUCUGACACAACUGUUGCAUGUUCUGUCUCCUCUGUAUGUGACACAUGACCAUCUGAUCAUUUAUCACUCCAGUGUUAAUCUGCAAAAUUGUAAUUAUUUGCCUACCUCCUCAUGCCU